CCUAUGUUUUAAACAGAAGAAGAUGAAUAAUUCAGAUUUCUGACAAAUGAAUUUGUUAUUGAAGAAGAUUAAUAAUAAGAAAACAAUUAAGAAACUGAAAAACUUUUGAAAAGUUAGAAUUAAAACUAGCCUGUGGAAACUAAAAUUGGAAGUGUAUUAACUGAUAUAACUACAAAGAGAGUAAUUAUUUUAAUAUUUAGUAUAAUUGUAUCUAUUCCUUUGUUUUCAACUGAAACAUAUUCAGAAUAAAAUAUAACUUCUUUAAAAACUGGAUUAGAUUUUUUAUAAUUGAUGAGAGAGUAAUAAAAUGUUUAAAUAAUUAAUUGGACGAUUUAAAAUUAUAUAAAUGAUCAUAUAAAUAGAUAAGAUAUUCGAUAUGAAGUUAUAUUUUUGAAAAUAAAUGAAAUUAUUUAUAAAGAUAGUUUAUAGUUAUAAAAAUUAAGAGAAAGUGAAUAAAUUAUAUAUGAAACAAACUUAGAAAAUAAUUAAUUAGAAAGCUAUAAUCUUAUAUAUUCUGUAAGAAAAGAUGCAGAAUUAAAUGCAAUUUUAUCUAUUUCUAGAACUCUUGUUCUUAUUUUAAUUUUAGUAGUUUCUUCGAUUUUUUUUAAUAAAGAUUCAAAUGAAAUAGUUGUAGAUCCAAUAGUAAGAAUGCUAGUGAAAAUAAAAAUGAUAAGUGAAAAUCCUCUAGAAGCAGCUCGAAUAUCAGAAGAUGAGGCAGUAGCAGAAGAGGAAUACAAAAAAACAUUAAACAAAAAAGAGCUUGAGAUACUUUUAAGGAAAAAACAAUAUGAAACGACUAUAUUAGAAACCACAAUUAUUAAAAUAGGAGGUUUAUUAGCCUUAGGAUUUGGGGAAGCUGGUUCUUAAAUAAUAGCUUAAAAUAUGAGCAAUGAUGGAAAUAUUAAUCCAAUGAUACCUGGUAAAAAAAUAAUGGCAAUUUUCGGUUUUGUUUCUAUCCGAAACUUUAUUGAUGUUACAAAUAUUUUAUAAGAAUCUGUUAUGUUAUUUACAAAUUAAAUUGCAGAGAUUAUUCAUAUUGCCUGUGAUUCUUAUCAUGGAAUUGUAAAUAAAAAUCUCGGUGAUUGCUUUCUGAUUAUAUGGAAGUUUGCUGAAAAAGAUAAAAUCCUUUCUCUUGUGGAUGAUUAAAUUUUUGUUGAAAAACUUUAAAACUGCUCUAAUUUUACAGAUUUGUCAGUUGUGGCUUUUCUUAAAACUCAAGCUAAUGUUUAUAAAUUAAGCUAGACUAAAUUAUUUAAAUAACACCUGGAAUCUAUUAAAUAAUAUAUUCCUGAUUUUAAAUUAAAAUUGGGUUUCGGAUUACAUGUUGGUUGGGGAAUAGAAGGAUCUAUUGGUUCGUAAUUUAAAAUAGAUGCAAGUUAUUUAAGUCCAAACGUAAAUCUGGCAAGCAGAUUGGAAUGUGCAACUAAAUAAUACGGAGUUAGUUUAUUAUUAAGUGGUGCUGUUUAUAGACUUUUAUCUAAUAAAACUUAAAAAUAUUUAAGGCAUAUAGAUAGAGUUACUGUUAAAGGUUCUUAAUAACCUAUGGAUUUAUAUACUUGUGAUAUGAAUAGUAACAUGAUUUAAAUUGAAAAGGUUAAAGAUAAUAUAAUCGUUGAGAUUAAUAAAUACGAAAAUAAGAAGGUUUUAAGAUUUAUCUAAAGAAAAAAAAAAGACAUAAGAUAUUAUAAGAUUAUAAAAAAUUAAAUUGUAAUUAAUAAACUAUUUGAUAUAGAUAAUGAUUUAAUUAUUAUGAGAUAAAAUUAUAACUAAGUAAAAUUUAAAAUAUGUAUUUAAAGAAAAAAAAAAAUAUUAAUAAAGGAAUUCUUUUCUGUUUUUCAUUAAGGUUUAGUUUCAUAUUUAGAAGGAUAUUGGAAAGAUGCAUAAAUUAAAUUUUAAAUAGCUUAGGAGUUAUUUUUUAGAAACAUUAAUAAUUAGCAAUAAAAAUGUGUUGAUUAUCUAUAAAUAGAGGAAAAUAUUUAAUUAGAUGGUCCUAUUUAAACUUUGAUUACAUAUAUGAGUAAAUUUUAAUUUGAAUCUCCUUACGACUGGAAGGGAUAUAGAGAAUUAGUUGAUAAAUGAAAGAUACUUUUACA